AAACAACUGAACAGCGAGAUCUCCCGUACCCUGCCCACUCUGGAGACCUUUCAGAGGCUUCUGGACCAGCAGCUCUCCCCAGGGAUCGGACGUCUGAGGACUCCGGUGUCAGCAGAUUCCGACCAGUCUGUGUCCUUCAGGCUGGAACAACUGACCAAGCUGCUCUACUCCAUAGAAGAGAAGGCCAAAACAGCCGUGUUUGAGUGGGCUGGAUACGACGGAGGCCACAGACGGUCUCUAAUACCACCUAUUACAUUUGAAGUCAAGUCAGAGUUGCUUGGUCUCACAACCAAGAUGUUCCUCAAGGUGGAUGUGGAAAAUGGGAAGAUCUACUUCAAGAAAUCUAAAGACGGGCCAGAAGACAAAUACUUUGUUCACAAUAAAAUCUUACAGCUCGUGAAAUCCCAGAAGGUUGCCAAGAUGGUGAUCAUGGUGGAAACAGAGAAGGAGAAAACUCUGAGGAAAGAGUUUGUCUUCGACGACACAAAGAAAAGAGAGGGGUUCUGUCAACUCCUUCAGCAGAUGAAGAACAAACACUCAGACAAGCCUGAGCCAGAUAUGAUCACUAUAUUCGUUGGCACCUGGAAUAUGGGGAACGCCAGCCCCCCACACAACAUAGCAUCAUGGUUCCAGUGUAAGGGUCAGGGCAAGACCAGGGACGACACGGCCGAUCACAUUCCUCAUGACAUCUAUGUGUUCGGGACUCAGGAAGAUCCCCUGGGGGAGAAGGAGUGGAUAGACACGCUGAAGAGUGCCUUGAGAGGAACCACCAACAUCAGUUUCAAACAAAUAGCCACCCAGACCCUAUGGAACAUCCGCAUCGUGGUGCUAGCCAAGCCAGAGCACGAAAACAGAAUCUCACACAUCUUCUCAGACAGCGUCAAGACAGGGAUCGCCAACGCUUUGGGAAAUAAGGGAGCAGUGGGCGUGUCCUUCAUGUUCAACGGUACUUCCUUUGGCUUCGUCAACAGCCACCUGACCUCAGGCAGUGAGAAGAAGAUCAGACGCAACCAGAAUUACGUCAGCAUCCUACGCUUUCUGAAUCUUGGAGAUAAGAAACUGAACCCUUUUGACAUUACACAUCGAGUCACUCAUCUGUUCUGGUUCGGGGAUCUGAAUUAUCGAAUCGAACUGCCAUCCACAGAAGCAGAGAGCAUUGUGACCAAGAUCAAACAGCAGCAGUACCAGGAACUGCUGUGUAGAGACCAGCUCACCAUUGAGAAAGGAGAAGAGAAGGUGUUCCUACACUAUGAUGAGGAGGAGAUCACGUUCGCGCCCACGUAUCGUUUCGAGAGAGACACACGAGAGCGAUAUGCCUACACCAAAGCCAAAGCCACAGGGACUAAAUACAAUCUGCCAUCAUGGUGUGAUCGUGUUCUACGGAAGUCCUACCCCUUGGUGCAUGUGGUCUGUCAGUCAUACGGGUGCACCAAUGACAUCAUGACCAGUGAUCACUCUCCAGUUUUCUCCACAUUUGAAGUUGGAGUGGCAUCGCAGUUUGUCUCCAAGCACGAUCCCAACAGUGUGUCUCAGGGUGGGAUCAAGUUCAUGAACUGUGUUGCCACCCUCAUGACAAAGUCCAAGACCAAGUUCUUCCUCGAAUACCACUCCAGCUGCUUAGAGAAAUUCGUCAAGAGCUCGGAAGGAGAGAACCAAGAUCACUCAGAUGGGUCCAUCAAAGUUUGGUUUGGAAACCAAGUUGAGCUCGUCCCUAUCAUCUCAGACCCGGAGUAUCUGUUGGAUCAACACAUUCUCCUGUGUGUCAAGUCCACAGACUGUGAUGAAUCCUAUGGAGAGGGCUGUGUAGCUCUGCGAGCGGCGGAGUCCUCCUACACAGAGUUCCACAUCACAUUGACUCAUCACGGCGAGCGGACGGGCACCCUGACGGGAGGUGUAGAGUUACGAACCUCAGAAGGCAAACAGACUGAGAAGUUAUACGAUUUCAUCAAAGUGGAAAGGGAUGAUUCUGGUGGCUCUAAAGGAAAAGGACUUGAUCUUAUCAACAAGUUUGCUCUUCCCACUGAUAUCACCAACCCCAGUUACAUGGGGGCGGGCUUCAAGUCUGGAGGUGUGACAGACAGGGGCUGGAGCUACAGCAUGUCCCCGAAAUCAGGAUCCGGAGGUGGGGGUGGUGGUGUCGGUGGGUUCGGGGGUAGGGACCAGACCCAUGGAAACACCUCUCCCAAAAAGACUGUCAACGACCGCAGCGCUGUGCGAAGCCCUACAGGAAAAGCAUCCGAUAACGUUAGUGAGGGGGGGAAGCCAGCGGAGAUGUUUGACAACCCUCUGUACGGCUCCAUGGGGAAGGGAGGAGUUCCACGAGGAGCUAAAGACCAACCAGACCCUCAACGCUCCAAGGAUUACCUGACCACUCCAGACCCCAUCUUCUCCUUCACCAAACCCUCUGAUCAGGACCCUGACCGGCCCCCGGUCCCCACCCCUCGUAACCGCUCUUACACCUGUUCUGAGACCAAGCCCCCGUCCUCCGUCACCACUGCCUCAGCCUCGGCCCCGCUCCACCCCCAGACCUACACCAAGAACCCUGUGAAGCCCUCACGCUCCGAGGGGGGCAUGGUACAAACCACCAAUAGACCACAUCUGCCCGUGAAGUCCCGCCCAGGCCAGGCGGAUGUCACGCCCACAAAGCCUAAAGACUACAGAGACAGCUCGGAGCUGCCCAGCAAACUGCGUCCACCUACAAGGCCCAUCCAGCCCCUCCCCAAAGAAGCUCAUCAUGAGGCAACUCAACCACCGAAGAUGGGCCGUUCAGUGAAAUGACUGUGUGCUUUUUUUUUGGCUGAAAACCCUCCUCGGCUUGUCCUAUAUGUUAAAAUGAGAUGUUGGAUGGUGGCUAGUGUCAGUCACUGCAAUGCUCGUCUUCCUGCCUCUCCAAACAAGUUCCUGUACGAACUCAUCUUUGCAUAUGCAUUAGGCUGUAUUCAUGGCAACGCUCUGGGGAUUUGUGGAGUCCUCUGAAAUAAGUAUCAUCGUUGUUUUUUUUGUGUUUUUUUUCACAAAUGCUGACAACUAGAAAAGCUCUUCAUAUUAUAGGAAUCAUUUAAAAAAUACUUGUACAACAAUCUCAAUUAAAUUAAAGGGAAUCGUGUUCA